AUGGUUGUACGGGGUAAAAAGAUUGCAAGGAAGAAAGGCGACAAGGAAAUUCAUAAUCUUUUGAAUCUUCGACAAGAGUUAGAAGCAAAUGACGCUGAUGCUGAGAUUGUGAAAGUCACUCUUGCAACUCAGAAGUCCCUCUUUCCUCUAUGGACUCUGGAAAGGAUUCAGAAGGAGGCAGUCGAUGAACCGAGCACUCAUUGGUUGGAGCCUUCAAUAUCAUUUCAGCUAGAUAACAUUGUUGACUCUCAACUUGACUUUCCGAUCACUCCUAGGGAUUUUCUGUUCAGAUGCUUUGAGAAGAUUGAGAGAGCUCCACUUUUUGAAAAUAAUACUAAUCAAAUGCACUUCUCUUUCUAUAUUAAGUAUGGAAAGCCGCAAUUCAAAACAUGGAGUUUGCCAAAGAUUGUUCUUGUGAAGGUUUAUGCUCCAGUUCCAACUGAAAACUUCAUCAAUAUCAAAUUAAAAAGGUUCAGAGGAACAAGUCGUGUGGAAGAUGAUUCUAUGCUUGAUGGUUUACUUUUCAUGAAUCCAUAUGAUUGGAUUUCUAUUUUCCUAAUUUUGUCUAAAGAGGAACAGAAGUAUGAGAUCGCAAAGAUGGAUGUGGAAAUAGCAUAUGUUUUGAAAAAGAAACGAAUUCUUCAUCUUGAGGAGGAAUCGAAGGAUCUCAACAAGAUGAAUCUAGGAAAAAUCCGAAAGGACAAAUAG